AUGCAGCUGGAAGGCUUGGCGUCCAAGCUGACCGGGGAAGACGAGCGGCUGGGCGGCGCUGGCCGCCAGCUGGCCGGGUGCAUCUCCGAGUGUGGCCCCGGGGCGUUGCGCCACGCCCCCAGCCGCCCUGCCGCCAUGGAGCCCGGUGUCCGUGGCGUGGCAACCCUCCCGGUCAAGCAGCACGCGCUGCUGCUACGGCUCUGCCAGGUGUUUACGGCGCGCGCCCGUGUGGACCCCGCCCUCGCGGCAGCGUGGCUUCGUGACUCCCAAAGCCUCCUCCAGAGGCUGCAGUCUGAUCGCGUGCGCCUGCAGAAAUGCGGCCCCGCCGCCCCAGCUGCACUGACGGAGUACAUGAGUAUUUCGCUCCACGCCCUGUCUGGCCUGGUACGGGAGGGGGCGCCACUGGUCCCACGUACUUUCACGUCUUGCACUUCCGCGCCCUACCGCAAACCUGCGUGGUCCCCGCUGGAUCGCUCAACCACCCAGGCAGGGGUGCAGCAUCUGACAGUAGCGUCGUUCGGCUGGUGGGAGCUCACCCCCGUCACUGACCAGAACGUGCGCGUCCUGUGUCGACUCCUGCUGACCCAGGGAGUCCAGGUCGCCAUGGAGGAGCAGGGCCCCGAGGGGAACUGGUCCUACACCCUGGGGCGCUCGGGGAGGGGACACCGGCUUGUGCCGCACACGCAGACGGAUCCCCAGCACCCGGAGGAGACCUUCUGCAACGAGUGCGGUGCGGCCGAGCACUACGAGCACGGCCACGACUUCUACGGCUGCGAGCAGUGCAACUACGACCUCUGCAAGGCCUGCCGCGAGGGCAGGGCAUCUCCACACCGCCACCGCCGCUCAACCGCGCAGCGGCAGCCAGGGGCCGUGGCGGCCGAGGGCAGCGAAGCGAGGGAGCAGGUGAGCCAGGAGCAGGCGGCGGACCCGCGGCCGACGACGCCGGUGGCCGCCGAGGCCCCGGAGCAGGCCCCGCUGGCGGAGGCCAGGGCCCAGCCCGGCGCGCCGUGGCACGUGGGCGGCAAGGCGAGGCGGGAGGACCAGGAGCAGGCGGCGGACCCGCGGCCGACGACGCCGGUGGCCGCCGAGGCCCUGGAGCAGGCCCCGCUGGCGGAGGCCAGGGCCCAGCCCGGCGCGCCGUGGCACGUGGGCGGCAAGGCGAGGCGGGAGGACCAGGAGCGCCGCCUCGCCCGGCGUACCUGUGUCCGCGCGGCGCUGCGCGGCGCUGUCAUGGCACCUGCAGCGCCGGAUCCCGCCGAGCUGCCCUUCAGCGAGAGGCGGCGCAUCUUCAGCGGUGGCGCCUCCGGGAGACUCGAAGACGGCGCCCCCUGCCCGACGGCCCUCCCCGCUGUGGCCGCCCGCGCUCGCAGCCUGCGCCGGCGGCGCGCAGGACCGAGACCCCCCCUGGGCACCGUUCCCCCCUGUCCGCCUGCAGCACGGACGCCAGCUCCGCCGGGGGCGACCCGAGCAUGCCGGACGCGCGCUGCCGCCUUGCCGAGGUGGAGGCGGAGCCCGAGCCCGAGGAGGCGUCGGGCGGAGGCGGCAGCCCGGCGACGAGAGGGCCGCCCCGGGCCGCCGGGGGGGGCGCGGUGGAGGAGCAGUGCGUCGCGCGGAUCGCGCAGAAGCUCCAGCGGCUGGCGGGCAGGGUGGAGUCCCUGGAGGAUCGGGGCCCUCGGGCUCCAGCAGCGGGCAGGCCCUGGCCGCUGAGUGCGCAGGGGAAGACCCGCGCCCCAGCCAGCAGCGGCGAUAGGUUGUGGCGAGCGGCACGGACGCUGUGCCGUUCAGCGGUCUCCGCUCAGCGGCAGGGUGGCGGCCAGCGCACCAUGCGCCUCGGCGCCCAGCGGCCUCCUGGUCGCACGAAGGAAUUCGGCCAUUUUUAGCGCAAACGCCUCCGACCAGGGCUCGAGGCCGGCCGCGAGGCUGACUACGGGUCUUCGUCUCAGAAUUCGCCGCGGUGGUGGCCGAGCGCCUCGCCG